AUGGUCACUUCAGCAGCUGCGGCAACUCAACUGGACAAGGAGAGCGUGCCCCUUCGUAAAGGACCUCCGACAAAAGAGGAGUUGUUGGUACAUUAUCCAGCGAAGUUUACAUGGAAUCAACUCAAAACCUUCGUCAACUCAGGGGAUCUCGGGUUGCUUAAGCGCGAUAGGACACUUCAAAAACGUUAUGAUGAAUGGGCCGUUGGGAUAACAGCACAGCAUGGAUCGAUGGUCAACUAUCUUACUAAUCACAGGCUACGUUGGGGUCAGCGGGAUACUUUGUCGCUUCUCAAGUCCGAUCUGGUAGAAGAGACUGUCGACGCUUUGGUCGAUGAUACGUCUACUGUGGAAUCUGAGCCUCCCGCGUAUUUCUCUUGGGAAACUCCGCGCCGUUAUAUAAGUAUCAUUCAAAACGAUUGGCCUUACUCAGUCCCACCCGAAAUAGAGCACACUUUAAUCUGGACGAAGGUUCCCAUAUAUCACCCCGACCUUGUUGAUAGCUCUGUAAAGCCAAGAAUCGAUCAGGACGGGCUGUGGGGGUUCACAGGAAAUGAUGAACCGCCGCCAUCUCCAUCAAACCUUCCGUCCUGCUUGCCUUCGCUUUCGGAAUGGGGCAUAACAGCAGACAAAAUGAUCAAAUCCGAUCCUCCUACUCCAGCCCAGGCAGCACUUAUAGAAAGGGCAGGCAAAGAAGUUCAUAGAUUUGUCAAGAAUAAAUGGGCAGAGAGUGAAUGGGAAACGGCAUGGUUUGUUAAUCCUCCUAGAUUACAAAGUGUACCUGGGCUGGCACACGUUCACGUUUUUGCUCGCCACAAGAUAUAG